AAUACCCGUUGGUGGAGCUCAUAGUCGGUUGAUGAUUUAACCCGGAAUUGUUCUCGGAACUCGGGUUACGCAAUCGGCCCGAAACCAAAUAAAUAAGACAAAAUCGGUGCUCUCAAAACCCCCCUCCUCCUCUCAAAACCCUACAAGAAAAGCAGCAUCUUGUCGUUGUAGUCGGAGGCGCCUCACCUCUCUUUCUCUGUUGCUGCUAUUCUCGUUUCUGCAUCAAUGGCUGUCACAUUUUACGAUCUGAGCUCCGAUGCUGGUUUGAAAAAGCUCGACGAGUACCUCCUUAGCAGGAGUUACAUCACUGGUUACCAAGCCUCCAAGGAUGAUCUCACCGUGUAUUCUUCCGUCCCAAAGAAAUCUUUGGAUGCGUAUGUGAAUGUAUCCAGGUGGUACAAACACAUCGAUGCGCUAUUGAGGAUCUCUGGCGUGUCUGGUGAGGGAUCAGGUGUUACAGUUGAGGGUAAUGCUCCCGCUUCUGACGUCGCCACUCCCCCUGCUGCUGACUCUAAGGCUUCAGCUGCCGAUGAGGAAGAUGACGACGAUGUUGAUCUCUUUGGUGAAGAGACUGAAGAGGAGAAGAAGGCUGCUGAAGAACGUUCUGCAGCUGCAAAGUCAUCCAUUAAAAAGAAAGAGUCUGGAAAGUCAUCAGUCUUGUUGGAUGUGAAGCCAUGGGAUGAUGAAACUGACAUGAAGAAGCUUGAGGAAGCUGUCAGGAGUGUCGAGAAGGAGGGUUUGCUAUGGGGAGCAUCCAAACUCGUGCCAGUUGGGUAUGGUAUCAAGAAAAUGACAAUCAUGAUGACAAUCGUGGAUGACUUGGUCUCCGUUGAUGAUUUGAUCGAGGAUCAUUUGACAGCUGAGCCGAUCAAUGAGUAUGUGCAGAGUUGUGAUAUUGUGGCCUUCAACAAGAUUUGAGAGGGAUGAUGCGCUUUCUGCAUCUCCAAUCUAAAUGUUAUCAUGCUACUAUUUUGUUAGAAAAACUGGCUUUGUGCCCAUGUUGAGUUGCUUGUUUCAAGACCAUUAAGAAGUAGCAAUAAUAUUGUGUUUUUUUGC